UCUUCUGGCGGAGAUAUGGGUUUAGAUGCUGUAAAAGAACACUCAGCAUUACACGCCAAGCCCAGUGGACUCAUUCUUCAAUAUGGGACUGCUGGUUUUCGAACAAAAGCAGAACAUCUUGAUCAUGUCAUGUUUUGCAUGGGAUUGUUAGCUGUCCUGAGGUCAAAACAGACCAAGUCUACAAUAGGAGUCAUGGUAACUGCAUCACAUAAUCCUGAGGAAGACAAUGGGGUAAAAUUGGUUGAUCCUUUGGGUGAAAUGUUGGCACCGUCCUGGGAGGAACAUGUUACCUGUUUGGCAAAUGCUGAGGAACAAGACAUGCCAAGAGUGUUGAUGGACAUCAGUGUGAAAGCAGCCGUGAAUCUGCAACAAGAUGCCUUCGUAGUGAUUGGUAGAGAUACCAGGCCCAGCAGUGAGAAAUUUUAA